AUGUCAUUCGCCGACUUUUGCAAAAACAAAGUUGACUUAGACUUUGGUUUCUCAAACCUCAACACUGAAGUAAACUAUUAUUUCAAUGCUUCUGGAGAUGCUUGGGACCCAGUUAAGUUCACAUGCGAAAAGUUUGAAUGCAAGAGAAUAGAAAGCAGACUUGCCGUUUAUAUGUUGGACCCAGAUAUUUCAAAUGCUUUAGCUGCCAAAUAUAUUGCAGUUCCACUUAUGUUCCCUAUACACCAAAUAUCUGUCAAAGACUUUGCAGGUGAAGUUGGAAACCAAAGUGCUGACCCAGGUGCAAGAACAGAUAUUGCUUUAACAACUGCAAUGAAACAUGCAGAUACUAUGUUUGUACUGUUCAGACGAACUAUAAAUGACUAUUCUUGUUUCUACAACCCUGGUAUUAAAUAUCAUAUAAACAUAGAUGGCAAAUACUAUCCAAGAGAAGAAUAUUCUACAGUUGAGGAUAUGAGGUCAUACAACUUGACAUUAGAUGCUAUGAACUUUAACAACAACUUCACAACAACCAUUAACCCUGAAAUGCAAAGUUCUAUUAUGCCAUAUGUGAAAGUAUGGACCCAUACAGGAGCUCAAAAAACUCAAUAUACAAAUGGAGACCGUUCAAACUUUUGGCUUGGCAUUCCAUUUGCUGACUCAGAAGACUUUUAUGGGUGGUAUUUCAACUGUUGGUACU